AUGGUCGAUUCAGUUCGUCCUUUGCAGUUGCAGAGUUUGUGGAAAUCGUUUAAGGUUGUUGGUGCUAACGUUGCUGUUAAACGUCAUCAACCUUCUCCUAUUAUAUUUGAUGGUACGCAAGCUCAAGUUGCUCAUCAGGAGUUAUGGUGGGCGCCUUGGUCGGGUGUCGAUGAGCCUAUGAUUCAUCCCAGACAGAUGGCGUCUGCUAUACUUGUUGGUGAUAAUUGGACUGCGAAGUAUAUUCGUAAUUCUGUUCCUGUUAGUCAGCGUUUCCAUUAUGAUAAUCGGGAUCCUAAAAAAGGUAUUGAACAAGUUAUUGAGUUUUUCAAGGCUGGUUCUCCUCCGUGGCUUCCUAUUGAUCGUGGUGAUAAGGAUGAUGCGGGUAAGGAUUCUGGUAAGUUUGCUUCUCAGCAGUCUAUAGGUUAUUUCUAUGUUGAUGGUCCGACUACUGCUAAGGUUACUAUUGAUGUGGAGCUUAAGUUGACUAUUGCUUUGAAGGGUCGUAAGUGUUUGGGUGGUAAAGUGGAUAAUUCUGGGCCUAUUAAUGCUAAUAAUGCUGGUCAGUCUAUUGGUAAUGAAGACUUGGGAGAUAAUUUGGCUACUUCUUUUACUGAUAAGGGUACAGAUAGUGUUGAUUAG